GCUGCAGAGUUUGGCGAGGUAGUUCCGGAGUGGCGCACGGCAUCCCGGAACUGAGCGGGCUGGUGUUGGAGCUCCCGGCGCCGGGUCGAGCAUGUCGGGGCGAGGCAAGCAGGGCGGCAAGGUGCGCGCCAAGGCCAAGUCGCGCUCGUCGCGCGCGGGCCUGCAGUUCCCCGUGGGCCGCGUGCACCGGCUGCUGCGCAAGGGCAACUACGCGGAGCGCGUGGGCGCGGGCGCGCCGGUGUACCUGGCGGCGGUGCUGGAGUACCUGACGGCCGAGAUCCUGGAGCUGGCUGGCAACGCGGCGCGCGACAACAAGAAGACGCGCAUCAUCCCGCGCCACCUGCAGCUGGCCAUCCGCAACGACGAGGAGCUCAACAAGCUGCUGGGCCGCGUGACCAUCGCUCAGGGCGGCGUCCUGCCCAACAUCCAGGCCGUGCUGCUGCCCAAGAAGACCGAGAGCCAGAAGGUGAAGAGCAAGUGAACCCGACGGGUGCAGAGCCCGCCGCAGUCCGCAGCCAAUAAAGUCGGUCAAAAGCGA